UCCAGGUAUCAUCUCAGUGUCAGUUUUUUAAAGUUACGAUGGUGAGCAUUAGGCACAUUAAGGUGCUAGUGUCUUCUUAGAAAGUACUACUUUAGAACCGAUGGGUUAUCUUAUCAGAGAGGUGUUUCUGCUCUACAUCUCACACUUUUCCUUUUGUGAGAAAGAAUGUUCUACUAGUCCCAUUUUAUUUGUACUUCUGAAAAUGUCCUGGGAAUGUUUACUCGGCCUAUUACUGAAUGUCCUCCCUUGAUUCUCUUGCCUAAUCUUCUCCCCCUGAAGCAAGCUUAUAAAAAGGGAUGUUUUCAGAGCGGUUGGCACUUCUCCUCAGCAGUUCACCCAGUCUGUGACCCCACCAUGUCCACCUUCUGCAACCUCGCUGCACUGAUGCUUCUACUGACUUUUCAAAGUCCAGUUCAUGCAGGGAAAAUCAUUGGAGGCCAUGAGGUUAAUCCACACAAACACUCGUAUAUGGUGUUUUUGCGGCUGGUGAGUAAGGCUGACGAACUGAAAGGCUGUGGUGGAUUCCUUAUUAGAGAAGAUUUCGUGAUGACUGCAGCUCACUGCCAGGCCAAGGCUCAUGGGUCCUAUGAAGUUUUUUAUGGGUUUGACAAACACAGUGAAAACCAUAAAAAAGUGUCCGUGAAGAAAGAUUUCCCACAUGUUCACUACAAUGAAAGUGAUUACACAAAUGAUAUAAUGCUGCUGAAGUUGUCCCACAAUGUAAGCUCGGCCCACAAUAUCAAACAUAUUGAGCCGGCAAAGGAGGAAAGUAGCUCACUGCCAAAUCCAUGCUCAGUCUGCGGUUGGGAACUGCAGUCAUCUACAAAAUUGCCUUCGAAACUGUUGAAAGUCAAUGUCGUACUUGUCGAAAAUCAGGACUGUGUCAAAGAAAGUGCUUACUGCUCCGAAGGAAAAACAGGAACAUCUGGGGGAGACUCAGGAGGUCCAUUAAUCUGCAAUGGAAUGGCGUACGGAGUGGUGUCAGCAAGCAAACCAAUCGAUGGCUCCACUCUGUAUAAGUACACAAACGUACCUGACACCAUCGACUGGAUCAAUAAUAUCCUGAAGGACAACUGAAACAGCAUCUAAGCCACAUAUCACCUUGAUCAAACCAUUUGACAAUAAAAAAAUUUUUUAAUGCAGAAGUAAUGAUCUUAUCAUUGGUUUUAUUUGGUUAAGUUUGUUGGUGUUAUAGUUCUGUAUUUUAUACUAAGAUCAGCUGUUGUUAAAGUGCAUGCUCUGAUCAUUCCAGUAAAUGCUGAAUGAAUAGUUAAUAGUGUAUGUUUGAGAGAAAUGUUGGCAUUAUAUUAAGUAAUUUUGAUUUUUGCUACCAAUACAAGCCUUAAGGAAAACAUUGCUUUGUUUGUGGUAUUUAGAUAGAAGCUUGAGCUUUUAUAGACUGAUGUGCUUAAUUUCAAAAGAUAAACAAAAUGAUGAUUUCUCAAUAUGUGCCAUGUGCUUGUCAUCUUUUUACAAGGAUAUACACAAAUGUAUGUAAAUUUUAGUAAAAAUAAAAAACAGAUCAGGAUUAACAAUG